AUGCGGCAUCAGGCCUUGUUGACAGCUUUGCCACUCUUCGUUCUUCUUCGCUACAAUCUGUGCGAAGACAGACUGCCCAAGAAGGUUGUGCAACCAACUUCGGUGCCCAGCCUGCCUCCACAGGCCAUGGAUGCCUGGCGACCCGAGAGCAAGGCCGAGGACGCCCAGGCAGAGUGUGGCUUCUGGGGCUGCCUGGCCUUGCCAGGCUGCAUUCCAAAAGGCUCCAUCGGUGCUCUCUGCGACCCCUCGCAGGGCAAGCCAGGCAACGUGAGCUGGUUGCAGAAUGAAACGCUGCCAACCAUGCCGCAGACCUGA